ACCAUAAAAAUCAAAGUUUUUAGUCUCCCAACGCCACCUCCUCUACGACCUGUGUAGCAGCUCGUCGUGAUAUUCUCGUUUAUUUGAAAAUGUCUCUUUCGUUGCACUUGCACUAGUGUUUCUUGUUAUUUCCGGAACGACAGUGCAUCUUCAGAGGACAUCUUCAGAGCAUAAGUUUAAGCUCGCCUGAUAUCCAGCAUCAAGUACAUGUUGAAGCUGGAUGAUAUUGAUACGUCUCCUAUAAGACUUCCUAUAGUUUCUUUGUUGAGUGGAGUAGGAGUGCCUGCACCUUCUUUCAGGUCGUCGCUUUUUAAAUUGUAUGGAAGGAAGAUUAUCACAACUACUCAUAGUUUCUUUGAUGAAGUUCUUAAACUUAAGAUUGAUGAAGUUCUUGGCCGAUUCUCUUUCGCAGAAAAUAUGUUGAAGUCCGUAUAUGAUAUACUAUAA